AUGCCUGCAGAAUGUGUGAAAGUUAUAGUAAGAAUGCGUCCAUUUAAUUCAAGAGAGAAGGAAAAUGGAAGUAAACCAUGUGUAAUAGUGCAUGAAGAUACCAAUAGCGUUGAAUUACGAAAUGUAAUUAGUUUAUGUAUUCGAUUGAUUAGAGUCAAGAUAAUGAAGUGAAGAAUUUUUCAUACGAUUAUGUAUUUGGGGCUGAGACUCCAUAAUUAUAAAUUUAUUAGAAAACUGCCUUCAAUUUGGUUGAGUCUGUUGCAGAGGGCUAUAAUGGAACAAUAUUUGCUUAUGGAUAAACAGGUAAAUUCAAAUUUUAAGAAAAUUAGGUUGUGGCAAGACUUUUACAAUGAUAGGAGACCCAACUAAUGUAAGUUCUUUAGUCAAUUUUAGGAAAGCAUGAAAGGAAUAAUCCCAAGAACUUUUGAUCAAAUAAUAAGCAUAAUCAACAAUAACUCUGAUUCCAAUAAGAAGUUCCUCCUUAGAUGCUCCUAUAUUGAAAUCUACAAUGAAGAAAUCCAUGAUUUAUUGAGUAAGGAUGCGAAGUAGAAAUAUGAAUUGAAAGAAGGAUAACAGGGAGUUUUCAUAAAGGACCUCAAUAUUGCAGUGGUCAGAACAACUUAAGAGAUGGAUAAGUAUAUGUAAUUAGGCACUCAAAACAGAUCUGUUGGGGCUACUGCUAUGAACAAGGAAUCUAGUAGAAGUCAUUGCAUUUUCACAGUAUAUAUUGAAUGUUCCAUUACGGAUUCUAAAGGAAACGAGAGAAUCACUGCGGGAAAAUUGAAUUUAGUUGAUUUGGCUGGAAGUGAAAGGUAAUCCAAAACAUAGGCAACAGGGGAUCGAUUGAAAGAGGCUACAAAAAUUAAUUUGUCUUUGUCUGCAUUGGGAAAUGUUAUUUCAGCACUAGUUGAUGGAAAAACCUAACACAUUCCUUAUAGAGAUUCAAAGUUGACUAGACUGCUCCAAGAUUCCUUGGGAGGUAAUACUAAGACGAUUAUGAUCACUGCAAUCAGUCCCUCUGAUUUUAAUUAUGAUGAGACAUUGUCGAGUUUGAGAUAUGCUUCAAGAGCAAAGAUGAUAAAAAAUCAACCUAAAGUAAAUGAGGAUCCGAAAGACGCCUUAUUGAAAGAACAAGCUGAAGAAAUCAAAAAGUUAAAGGAAUUAUUAUCUAGACAAGCAGCUGGACAACCCAUAUCUUUAGAAGCCUUUCAAUCAUUUAAUAGACCAGAUAACAAUAAUCAUGCUGAAAUUGUUAGAUUAAAGGAAGAGAAUGAUAGACUAUUAAGAGAGAAGUAAGGACUCCCAUAGCCAGUAAAUUCAGAAGAGAAACUAAAAGAGUUGUAUGAAUUUAAAGAAAAAAAUAAUCUACUUUAAUAGGAGAAGGAUAAGUUUGAAUAAGAGAUGAGAGAAAAAGAGUAGUAGGCUGAAUAAGAAAGACAAGCUAGAUACAGAUUGGAACAAUUACUUAAAGCGAAGGAAUAAAUGAUGGUUUAAGGUGGAAAGGGAACUGAGGAUGAUAAAAAGAAAUACAAUAAGCUUAAAUAGACUAUUGAAUAAUAAAAGAAAGAACAUGAGAUGUUGAUGCAAUAAUAGGAAUAAAAAUAAUAAGAGAUGUUUGAAAUUGAGACUAAGUAUUAGAAUGUGUAAGAGGAAGUAGAGAAGCUAAGAAAAGUGAUUAAAUAUCUAAGGAAGAAGUUAGAAGAAGCUACUAUAGAAUAAAAGGAUUUAAAAUAGGAAGUAGAAUAUUAAAAGGAAGAUAUGUUAGAAACAAUAAGAAGUCAGUAAAGAGAGAUUAAGCUCUAUGCGGGUAUAGUCAAGAUGAUGCUUAGUUAGAAUGAAUUAGAAAGUAUUUAAGCAGCAAGUGAUUGGGAUGAAGAUGCUCAAGAGUACAAGAUUCCUCCCUUCAAUUUUAAAGCAAAAAAAGUAAACUUUCCAUCUCUACCAUAUAAAUAAGGUAAUAUUAUAAUAACCUCUAAGCUAUGGAUUUAAUUGAUUUAGAAAAAUAAGAAAGGGUGCUCGAAAUUAUCUCUGGGUAACAAAAUAAUAAAAAUAACCUUUCAGAGUAAGAAUAGGACAAUCUACAAAGACUUAUAACUCCUAGAAUUCCAAAGAAAGGUAUAUAAUAGAGCAAGUAAUUAGAAUCUCAAUAAAAAUAAAAUACAUCUAGCUAACCUAUAUUGGAUAGAGGAUAGUUGGUAGCUGAAAAGAUGAGAUAGAAUUACUAACUUUUAGAGUAACAAGAAGGAAAACAGCGGUAUCAGAGUGAAAUAGUGAAUCAGCAAUUUUCAGAGAAAAAAUAAAGUUAAAAAAUUAUUCUCAGUCCUAUAGACAAUAAGGAUAAUUCUGUUUCCACUUCAAAUAGUUAGUAUAUUUUUAAUGGGAAUGCGAGCAAUAAUAAUUUGAGUCAAAUUAGUUCGAGUAGGAAUAAAAAAAGUAAAUUUAGUAAUUAAAUUAGAUAUUAAUUUGCAACCACUUGAAUAAAAGCCAUUAUUGGGGUUGAAUGAUGAUUAACAUAAAAGAAAAUAACACUAGAGAGUGUAAUAAAUUUGA